AAAAAUAAAAAAAUAAUAAAAAAAUUAAUCAGUUAGUUAAUCGGCGGUGAGUUUCCGGCAGCAAUGUGGAAGCUCCGGUGGCUAGUGAUUCUGUUUAUAUGCUCUGUAACGUUAACCGCUGCUCAGAAUCCGGGAUCUAGCUCCAAAGCUAGCCCCUGGCUUACAUUGAGAGGAGAUCCUCCUUUAGUUGUUGCACGUGGUGGGUUUUCAGGAUUAUUUCCUGAUUCCAGUAUCAAUGCUUACACCUUUGCGUUGAUUACCGGUGUAUCUGAUAUGAUUUUGUGGUGUGAUGUACAAUUAACUAACGAUAAUGCUGGGAUCUGCCUUCCAAAUCUUAAUAUUGAUAAUGGUACCACAAUUGCUGUGGCGUUUAAUAAGGGGAACAAAACCUACUCUGUGAAUGGGGUGCCUAUGACCGGAUGGUUUCCUGUGGAUUUCUCGCUUAAAGACCUGGACAAAGUCUUCUUAACACAAGACAUGUUGUCUCGAAGUCCGUAUUUUGAUGGCUCAUUAAAUGUACUUACCGUUGAAGAUGUUGUUGGGCAAGUGAAACCACCUGGAUUGUGGUUAAACAUACAGCAUGAUACAUUUUACAGCCAACACAAAUUGAGUAUGAGAAAUUAUGUGAUCAGCACAUCUAGAAAAAUUAUUGUCAAUUACAUAUCAUCUCCAGAGGUGAACUUUCUGAAAAGUAUUGUGACAAGAUUCAAAGCAAGCCCAACCAAACUAGUUUUCCGUUUCCUAGGACCAGACGAGACCGAGCCGACAACCAACCAAUCAUAUGGCUCUCUUCUGACUAAUUUGACAUUUAUCAAGACAUUUGCUUCCGGGAUUCUAGUUCCUAAAUCAUAUAUAUGGCCUGUGGAUAAAGAUUUAUAUCUGCAACCAUCUACCUCACUGGUCUUGGACGCUCACAAGGAGGGCCUACAGAUUUUUGCUUUUGACUUUAUGAAUGAUGUACAAUUAGCAUACAAUUACAGUUAUGAUCCUGUAGCGGAAUAUCUUUCUUUCAUUGAUAAUGGUAAAUUCUCUGUGGACGGUGUGCUUUCUGAUAACCCAAUUACUCCAUCAAUAGCUUUUGAUUGCUUAUCUCACAUGGGAAAAAAUCAAUCCCGGCAAGCAAAACCUCUAAUCAUCACAUCUGAAGGAGCAAGUGGCGACUACCCUGGUUGUACUGAUUUGGCAUAUAUUAAAGCUGUUUCUGAUGGUGCGGAUAUUAUCGACUGUCCUGUUCAAAUGACAAGCGAUGGGAUACCUAUUUGUUUAGGUUCUAUAAACCUCCUUGAUAGAACAACGGUGGCACAGACAGGCUUUAGUAACCUUACAUCAACUAUUCCUGAGCUUCAGGAAGGUGCGGGAAUAUAUACUUUUAGCCUCACGUGGAGCCAGAUUCAGAGAUUGAGACCUGCAAUAUUUAACACUUAUAAGAACUACACUAUGUUCCGGAAUCCCAAAGUCAAAAAUGAUGGAAAGCUUAUGACCUUGGCUGACUUCCUGGACUUUGCAAAUAAUGCCAGUUCUAUUUCAGGUGUCAUGAUUAAUAUUAAGAAUGCACCAUACCUGGCAGCAAGUGAAGGAUUAAGUGUUGUAGAUGCAGUGAUGGAUGUAUUGAAUAAAUCUACUUACAACAAUCAGAGGGCUAAGAAAAUAUUAAUCCAAUCUCCUGAAGGUGGGGUUCUAAAAUUAUUCAAGGCCAAAAGCAACCGGCAUGAACUAGUUUAUGAAGUUCAUGAGAACAUCCGAGAUGCGCUAAACUCAACAAUUUUGGAUAUCAGUAAAUUCGCCAAUUCUGUAGUUGUUGGCAAGGAGUCGGUUUUCCCUCGAAGUGCAGGAUUUCUUGUUGGUCAAACUGAUGUCGUUGACAAGCUUCAGGCUUUUAAGCUCCCAGUAUAUGUACAGAUUAUGAACAAUGAGUUUGUGUCACAACCUUGGGACUUCUUUUCAGAUCCAUAUGUUGAAUUAAACACAUACGUCAUGGGAGCUAAUGUGGAUGGUGUUAUUACGGAUUAUCCCGCUACUGCAGCCAGAUACAGAAGUAACCGUUGUUUAGGAUUACCAGCAAAUCAGACCCCAGUAUACAUGGCUCCAGCUCAGGCCGGCCAGUUACAGCAAUUCAUGUCACCACAGUCCAUGCCACCAGCUGAGGCUCCCAACCCUAUCCUAACUGAGGCUGACGUGGCAGAUGGACCUAUCCCUCCAGCCACAAAAAGAUCACCACCUCCUGCUGGUAAUUCAACAUCACCAUCGUCACCAAGCAGUCAACCACUUAAAGCUCCCAUCGAGAUUUUGUUGACUUCUUUGGCCACCGUGGCAGUUAUCUUUCUCAUGAUUUGAAAUGAUAAAAUUUUAACCAUAUUUUGUGAUGGUUUCAUCUCUAAUCCAUUGUAUUUCCCAUGUUGGUCAUGAUCGCACAGUUAGUUUAGAGUUUAGACUAAUCUUGAAGAAUGUGUUGACGCAUUCUCGGCCCUCAUAUCAACUUUUAGGUGGUAUCUUGUAAGUAUUAAUUUGUUCCUCGUUUGUAUUUGAGAACAAACAAGACCAUGGGGAACAUAUGUGAUGAGUUCUUUGUGCUUCAAGCCUAACAAUUUCUGCAUUGGUUAUGGUAUCCAGGUUGUGAAAGACUUUUAGCAUGCUGAUACGAAUGUUAAUUGUAAUGUAAUUGUGUGUCUGCAUGGUUUGAUUGA